CCACAACCACGCCCCCCAACUCGGCGGGCGCGGCGGUUCCGCUCGCUGAUUGGCUGCGGCGCGGCGAGGCCACGCCCCCUCUCCUCCCGGCGCUCGGGGCCGCGGCGGGAGCGCCGCCAGUUCCCGGUGGCCGCGGCGGGGCCGGGGUGGCUGCGGGCCUCGCUCCGCCCGCGGUGUCCCCGCGCUGUCCCCUCCCUGUCCCCGCUGUGUCCCCGCUGUGUCCCCGCACCCCCACAUGGAGCUGCUGUGCGCGGAGUCCGCGCCCCGCGCCCCCCGCGCCGCGCGGGACCCGCAUCUGCUGCGGGACCGGCGGGUGCUGCAGAACCUGCUGAGCCUGGAGGAGCGCUACAGCCCCCGCGUGUCCUACUUCCAGUGCGUGCAGCGCGACAUCCAGCCCUACAUGCGGAAGAUGUUGGCCUUCUGGAUGCUGGAGGUGUGCGAGGAGCAGAAGUGUGAGGAGGAGGUGUUCCCGCUGGCCAUGAACUACGUGGAUCGGUACCUGUCCUCGGUGGCCGUGCAGAAGAGCCACCUGCAGCUGCUGGGAGCUGUGUGCAUGCUGCUGGCCUCCAAGCUGAGGGAAACCAUGCCCCUGACCGUGGAGAAGCUCUGCAUCUACACCGACAACUCCAUCACCCCCCAGGAGCUGCUGAACUGGGAGCUGCUGGUCCUGGAGAAGCUCAAGUGGGACCUGGUGUCGGUGAUUGCCAACGAUUUCCUGCCCCACAUCCUGCACCAGCUGCCGCUGCCCCUGGACAAGGUGGAGCUGGUGAAGAAACACGCCCAGACCUUCAUCGCCCUGUGUGCCACAGACGACACCUUCGUGAUGUACCCCCCGUCCAUGAUCGCCACCGGCAGCAUCGGCGCCGCCAUCCACGGCCUCAGCCUGCCCGGCAGCGGCGACGCCGUCACCGAGCUGCUGGCCGGGACCACGGGCACCGAGGUGGACUGCCUGAAGGCGUGCCAGGAGCAGAUCGAGGCGGCCUUGGCCGAGAGCCUGAAGCAGGCAUCGCAAUCCCAGCAGGAAUUCAGCGCCAAGACUCCGGCCUACGGGGGCAGCCAGCCCACCAGCACCCCCACGGACGUCACCGACAUCAACCUGUGACCCACCUGUGUCCAUCUGCCCCUCCCUGGGCACCCCCAGCUCGCUGCACCCCCUGCCCACCCAGCGCCUCCGAGGGUCCUGCCCUGCUGGGAACGCGGGGCUGGAUCCGCUCGGGGGGUGCUGGCACGGGACAGGAGCCUGGAUGGAGCUGGAAUUGUCCCUCUGUUGGUGUUCCCGCCUCUCCGGGCUCUUCAUGGCAUUUUCCAGCCCCGUGAGGAAUGGAAAUCCCAGAGGGAUCCUGCAGGACCCGAAUCCCGGGCCGGGAAGGAGCCCUGGGCUGGAUUUUGCUGGUGGAUGUGGGAUUUUGGGGAUUCGCUCCCCGUCCGUGCCUUAGGAGGAGUUCGGGGUCCACUCGGCUGCUUCAUUUGUUGUUCACUGCUGGGAAACUCCCGGGAAAAAAAAUCGGAAUUCGUGGGAAAAAUUCUCGCUCAGAGGUCUGAAUACCUGGGAAAAAUUCCUGCUCAGAGUUUGGGAUUCCUGGGAAAAAUUCCUGCUCAGUGUUUGGGAUUCCUGGGGAAAAUUCCUGCUCAGAGUUUGGAAUUCCUGGAGAAAAUUCCUGCUCAGACCUUGGAAUUUCCAGGAAAAAUUCCUGCUGACAGCUUGGAAUUCCUGGGAAAAAUUCCUGCUCAGAGUUUGGAAUUUCCGGGAAAAAUUCCUGCUCAGAGUUUGGAAUUUCCGGGAAAAAUUCCCGCUCAGACCUCAGAAUUCAUGGGAAAAAUUCCCGCUCAGAGCUUGGAAUUCCUGGGAAAAAUUCCCGCUCAGAUCUCGGAAUUUUCGGGAAAAAUUCCUGCUCAGAGUUUGGAAUUCCUGGGAGAAAAAUCCCGCAAAAAAAUUGACAUUCCCAAGAAAAAUUCACACUCAAAGCUGGGAAUUCCCAGGAAAAAUUCCCGCUCAGAGUUUGGAAUUCCCGGGGAAAAUUCUCACAAAAAUUUGAAAUUCCCAGGAAAAAUUUGCAUUUAAAGCUGGGAAUUCCCUGGAAAAAUUCCCUCCGGGGUGGGGCCUGGAUGCCGCUCUCCUCUCCUUCCCAAAAUCUCCUUCCCAAAAAAGUGCCUUUUCCCCUCAGAGGCUCCUCGGAGGCUGCUGGGCCCGUCGGUAGCUUAGGCAUCAGAGUAGGAUUUCAGGAAAACCUUUGGAUGUGCUGCUAUAGUCUGGGAUGCAUCUCCGCUCUCCCAAGGCCGGGAUUUGGGAUCAUCCAUCCCGUGGAUCCCAGCUGCCCUCCCCAGAGGGUGGACGGAAAACUUUGCUGCGCACUUGAGUUGGAAAAGCAAUUACUGCAUUUUUGUAUUGUUGUUGUUGUUGAUCCUGUUCGUAUUUUUUUUUUUUUUAUAAAAGUUGUUGUAAAACAGAAGAAAAAAAAAAAAUAAUGCUGCUUUUCUAUGAGAAAACCAGAGUGGAAUUAAGCAGAAGGCAGAGAUUCCACAGGGAUGGGAGGCAGACGCUGCUGCUGCUGCUGCCUCUGGACAUGUGGCUGUUGUCCUCCCGUGGGGGAUGUGGAAAAGGAGGAGGAAAUUUUCCUUUUGGAUGCCACCAGCCCCACAAAAUCCAGCGGAAAAAGGUGGGGCUGCUGCUCCUCCCCAAGCCACGGAGCCGCUGCCUCCUGCGAGCAGGAGGGUUGGGACAGAGCCUGGCUGUGCUAAAUGAAAUGUUUCAUUUUUUAUAUAUACAUAUAUAUCUAUAUAAAUGAAUUUUUAACUUAAGAGUAAACUGGUUUGGUGUUCACUCGCACGAGUCCCGCUGCUGGGAGAGCCAGAGAACCCUGUGAUGUUGCAAUAAAAUAUUUUAAACAAAAAAA